UUUAUGAGACUAAUGCAAGUGAAGUGCAACCUAGCUGGGCUUCCAACCUUUACCCUCCCUCACUUGCUUAGCACUGUUCCUCUCCAGCUUGACUAACCAUGGCAGAACAAUAUGUAAAGGAUGUAUGUAAAAGAUUGCCCAAGUUGGAGCUGCAUGCUCAUCUAAAUGGCUCCAUUAGCAGUUCUACAAUGAGGAAGCUGGUUGAGAGGUAUCGCCAAACACUUAAGCAAUCAUCAUCAGAUUUUAGUGUCACACAUGGCUGGACUACAACUAUCCACAAAGGAAACAAGAGGACCUUAAAAGAAUGCUUUGCCAUGUUCAAGAUUAUUCACACCGUAGUGUGUGAUGAAGAAGCAGUGACAAUGGUGGCUCGUGAUGUAGUGUGUGACUUUGCCGCUGAUGGAAUUAUUUAUCUUGAACUGCGAUCCACACCCAGGUGUAACCCUUCCACAGGAAUGACCAAGAUCAGUUACAUUGAAGCUGUGUGGAAGGGUGUUGAGCAAGCAGUUGCUGAAUCUAAUUUUUCUAUAGAUGUGAGGUUGCUGCUAUCAAUUGACCGGAGUAGAGGUGCCGCUGAUGCAUUAGAUACUGUGGAGUUGGCCAAAGAGUAUAGAAAGUCUUCCCCAACAAAUGUUGUAGGAAUAGACUUCAGUGGAAAUCCAGAGGUUGGCAACGUUCGUGAAUUGCUACCUGCUCUCAAAUAUGCCAAAGAAUCUGGCCUCAAAGUUUCAAUCCAUCUGGCUGAGGUACCGGAUGUGAACAAUGAGACCUCCCUCCUGCUAAGUUUACCACCAGACAGAAUUGGGCAUGGAACGUUUUUGCUACCAUCCAAUGGAGGAACUAUUGAAAAUAUGGAAUUAGUUACUAACUACAAGAUUCCUAUUGAGUUGUGCUUAACCUCUAAUGUGAAAUGCCACACUGUACCAAGUUAUGACCAACAUCAAUUUGGAUUUUGGAUAAAUAGAGCUCACCCUAUUGUCAUCUGUACUGAUGAUAAAGGAAUUUUCUCCACCACGCUGUCAGAAGAGUAUCAAGUCACAGCUCAGACAUUUGGUCUGUCCAUUAGUGACAUACGGGAACUAUCAAAGCAAGCUGUCGACUAUGUCUUCGAUGAAGAUUUAAAGACUAAAUUGAGAGAGAAACUGGAGUCUGAUGGAAUAAAAUCGAGACCACAUUAAGGUUUAUUACUCGAUCAGCAUUGUGUUACGUAUCUUUAGCAUAAUUAUAGGUAAAAGGGAAACUGCACAUUUCCUAUACUAACACUGCAUGUGCAACUUAAUUUCAUACGUAUAAUUAUUAUCACAGCAAAUUAUUUCUUGUAGGUACACACUGUAAACUAUGCUAGUUAUGAUUACUUAGAAAACUAAUGUUACUUAAAACACCUGAACUUAAAAGCUGUCCUCUUUUUCUUGGUUUUUGCCCUGAUUUUCUGUACAGUAACAAUGUUAGUGAGAUGUAUAGUGAGAUGUAUAGUAUUCAUUUUUAUCUGAAA